GAUCCGAAUGUCCUCCUUCAACUCUCCUCAUAUCCUCCAUCAUCCUCCUGUUAUCUCUCCAGACGCCUCCGACGAGCAUGGAUAGGUUACACGAUCACUAUCAAUCAUAUUCAUGGCACCAGUCUCACGACCAGGCUACUGUCCUCGUUCUCUUGCCGUAUGACACGGUCGAGGAAGAAGUAUCCGUCAUCAUCGAGGAGAAUCACCUUGUCGCUGGAGUUCGGGGUCAACCUCCAGUAGUGAAGGGACAACUGUACGGCAAGGUCGACACUGCGGCUUCAGUAUGGCAAUUAGAGCCCCGACCCUCCCGCCUCUCCCCGCGAGAGCGUACUACGUCCACGGCAUCGACAACGUCGACGCAGUCGUCAUACGCGGUCAUAUCUGACCCCGAGUUCUCCAGCAGCUUCGCGGCAUCCUUGGAAGCCGGUCUAAUCUCGGGAUCCGACCUGGACGACACUGUCAUCUCCUCUCCUGCUCUGUCCUCCCCAAUCUCAUCGUCUGCGGAUGAACGACUUGGAAUCCCUCCAGAGCCUCGCCCCGUGCGCAGAUCUCCGCUCGCAGCUUCACCUCUCGUACGGCUCCCGCAAGACAUUCCCCAUGCGUCCUCCUUCUCUUCGCUCGAGUCAUUGCACACCGGUUCCGGGAGGCUCCUGACAUUGCACUUGGAGAAGGCGGACUCCGUCAUCUGGCCAUCUCUCAUCAUUGGACCCGUGCCGGAGAGCAUCUCCCCACCACCCACGGGCGUAUACCCCUGGCUCCUGGACAUCACCUCGGAAAUGCCCUAUAACAUGGACCCGACGAGCUUAGUUCUAGUUGCGCUAGAUUUGUACGACAUUCGCAAGGCCAAAGAAGACGCGUUCGAGUACUUCAUCCGGGCAUGGCAUCAAGCACGCCUCCCGUCAGCAGCCAUCCGUCUCACAGCGCACUACCUUCCGCUCACGACGAUCGUGCCAGACGAACUUGCGGAACACGCGACAGGAACAGGCACAACGCUCCCCACACCGUCCACCCCCACGCCGUCAGGGGUCCCCUCCGCAGGGCAGCUUACCACCGCCUCCACCCCCGCCCCCUCCGUGCCGACACCCCCACGCGGAUCCACCGAGUACUACAUCUCCCGCCUAGGCGGCGCCUCCGGGCUCGCACAGCUCUUCCUCGCCGCGGGCCUCCUCCACCUCGAGGGCACAGCAGCCUCGCUCCUCGCUUCCUCUUACGCCGGCCUCUCCUCCCUCCGCUCGCCCUUCGCGAUGUCCGGCCCGCCCCCCGGCACCGGUACGAGCACAGACGGCGCCGAGGCGUGGCGCCGCGACCGCGAGCAGGCCGCGCGGUUCUUCGUGCGCGCCCGGGUGCUCAGCCCCGCGCUCGACGUCCCCCUCCUCCCUGCUGAGGAGACGGAAAGCGAGGACAACGAGAGCGGGAGCGGGGCAGACAGCGGGACAGAGCUCGCGAUACGCCCACGUGAGCCGCGCGAUCGCUCGCAGCAGCAACAACGACCACCUCAGCAGAACCAGCGGACGGUCCGCCGGAAGGGCCAGCGGGUGCAGGGCCAGCAGCAGCUGGAGAUGCCAACGCUGGACGUCGCGCGCGAGGCCGCGUCCGCGCACGACCCGCUCCCGCCGCCCAUGCGCCGGCGCCGGCGGAAGGAGCCGGCGUACGCGAGCGACGACGCGGACGAGGAGCUGUCGAGCUCGAUGGUCGAGAGCGUGCACAAGGAGCCCCCGGUCGAGCUGGGCGGCGCGGAGGGGAACGCGGAGGACCGGACGUGGUAUCUGUACCUGCCGGGGCUCGUCGGCGCGGGAACGGCACUGUUGGUUGUGGGGCUGCUGAGUUUGCAAAGUUGGCGGAGGAACCAGGGGUGAGUGGGCGCGCGCGUCUUCUCCGGGGCGGAUUGGAGGUCCGCGCGGUUGUGUGCGCUGUGGGGGCGGAUUUGGGUUCAGGUGUGCUGGAGCUGGUCCUGCUGGCGGUCGCGGACGUGCCUUAGUUGCUUGAGUGGGUGCUUGGAUUGCCUCGCUUUUGGUUGGUGCAAUUUCAUGGGUGUAGGCUUGGAUGGGACUGUUUGAUGCUACACCGCGGGGUCGACGGUACACCUUGGAUUUACGAUCUGUUGCGAAUUGCUCAUGCUAUCCGGGUAGCUCUUGACUACUGCACAGGAGAUUAACUGAUUGUUGGCACGGAUGUUUGUGCUUGUACGAAAUACAUGUAGC